GUUGUAAUUUGUCACAAAAUUGUACCAGUAAACAAAGCAGCAUAAGCUUACUUAUACUCUCCCCACCCCCUUCGUCACUGCCUGCCGCCAUCGAUUCCUCUCUCAGCUAUCUCACAUCUUCAAACUUCGUUAAUUUCGUCUAAAAUGUCGACGAACUCACCGCCGGCGGCUGCCGGUAGUGUUGCGUCGGUUGAUUCGGUCACCGAUGGAGUGGAGAAGCAGGGUUCUAGCGAAGACGCAAGGGUUAAGUUGAAGCUUGAAGAUCUAAAUUGGGAUCAUUCAUUUGUUCGGGAGUUGCCUGGCGAUCCACGAACCGAUAUCAUCUCCCGCGAGGUGCUUCACGCUUGUUACUCAAGAGUCUCUCCAUCUGCUGAAGUAGAAAACCCUCAGCUUGUCGCAUGGUCAAACUCAGUUGCUGAAAUCCUAGAUUUAGAUCCAAAAGAAUUCGAAAGAUCUGAUUUUCCAUUUAUAUUCUCGGGGGCAUCUCCAUUGAAAGGAGGGUUGCCUUAUGCCCAAUGUUAUGGCGGGCAUCAAUUUAGGGUUUGGGCAGGGCAGUUGGGUGAUGGUCGGGCAGUUACACUUGGUGAGCUUCUGAAUUCCAAAUCCCAAAGAUGGGAACUUCAAUUAAAAGGUGCAGGAAAGACUCCAUAUAGCAGAUUUGCAGAUGGUUUAGCAGUGUUACGAAGUAGCAUUCGUGAAUUCCUUUGUAGUGAAGCAAUGCAUUUUCUUGGAAUUCCAACUACUCGUGCACUUAGCCUUGUUACAACUGGAAAAUACGUGAGACGUGACAUGUUUUAUGAUGGGAAUCCAAAAGAUGAACCUGGUGCAAUCGUGUGUCGUGUGGCCCAAUCUUUUCUUCGUUUUGGCUCUUUCCAAAUACACGCUUCACGAGGCGAAGAACACUUCAAUAUUGUUAGAAGUUUAUCCGAUUACACCAUCAAACACCACUUUCCUCAUAUAGAAACCAUGACAAAAAACGACAGUUUAUCUUUCUUUACCAAUGAUGUGGAUUUAACUUCAAACAAGUAUGCAGCUUGGUUGGUGGAAGUUGCUGAACGCACUGCUUCAUUAAUAGCAAAAUGGCAGGGUGUGGGGUUCACACAUGGUGUUUUAAAUACAGACAACAUGAGCAUAUUAGGGUUGACUAUUGAUUAUGGCCCUUUUGGGUUUCUUGACGCUUUUGACCCUAGAUUUACUCCAAACACAACUGAUCUUCCAGGAAGAAGAUAUUGUUUUGCAAAUCAACCCGAUACUGGUUCAUGGAAUAUAGCCCAGUUUGCAUUAUCUCUUUCAUCUGCUAAACUCAUUAACAAGAAAGAAUUCGAAUACGCCAUGGAAAGAUAUGGUGAUAAAUUUAUGGAUGAGUAUCAGGCGAUAAUGACCAAAAAGAUUGGAUUGUUAAAGUAUAAUAAAGAGCUUGUUAAUGAACUACUCAACAACAUGGCUGUUGACAAAGUUGAUUACACAAACUUCUUUAGAUUACUUUCCAACAUCCGUGUUGAUUCCGAUUCCGAUGUUCCGGAGGCGGAAUUGUUGAUUCCGCUCAAGUCUGCUUUGCUAGAUAUUGGAAAAGAGCGAAGAGAUGCUUGGACUAGCUGGAUGAAACAUUAUAGAACCGAGUUAUGUGCUAGUGGUGUUUCGGAUAAGGAAAGGAAAGCUUCAAUGGAUUCGGUGAAUCCGAAGUAUGUUCUCCGGAAUUACCUAUGCCAGAGUGCGAUUGAUAUGGCGGAACAAGGUGAUUUUGAAGAGGUGAGACGGUUGUUAAAGGUAAUGGAAAGGCCGUUUGAUGAGCAGCCCGGAAUGGAAAGGUACGCGCGGUUGCCACCCGCGUGGGCUUAUCGCCCGGGUGUGUGCAUGUUGUCUUGUUCAUCGUGAGGGUUUUGGGUCUCACUAAAAGCUAUAAGUUAUAUAAUACCAAAUUAUACCAAAAAGAUUAAAAUGUGCAUAAGAGUUAUAGAUUAUGUGGUAUUUAUAAGGUUUUUAGGGUUUUGUUUUUUGGGCAUAGUUAUAAAUGGUUAUAUGUUUUGUUGUUUGAUCUCUCGAGCGGAAGCUUAAAGGUAAGCGUUUGUUAAAGAUUCUAACUUUUCUAUUUUUUUUUUU